AAAAAACAGGAGCACGUCUCGCUCAAUUUUGUGUAAAGGGAAUUUUACUGUUCAGUGGGCUGGCAUAAAUUGCAAAUUUAAAAAAUAUUCCUACGGGUUUAUCAUGUCGGACUCCAAAUUAAAAGAGUUACGAAAAGAUAUCGACGAGUUGAAUGAGCUACUGCAGCAAGCUAAACGUAAGAAGGUGCAAGAUCUGUUGUCGUUGGAGAUUCGCAAGUUGGAGACAGAGUGGAUUAAUGUAAAAGACACGGAAGCUGCGUCGGGUGCAGCCGGCGACGCCGCGGCCGCAGCCACACCUGCCGCCUCUAGUUCAACGCACAAUAAGCGAUACCAGAUUAAGUUAAAUGGUUAUGGUUGGGAUCAAUCAGACAAAUACAUAAAAGUGUUUGUAACACUCAAGAAUGCUCAAACAGUGCCAAAGGAGCAGGUAUACUGCAAAUUGACUGAAAGAUCAAUGGAGCUACAUGUGGACAAUCUGGAAAACAAAGACUACCUGCUGGUGAUUAAUAAACUGCUAGAACCUAUUAAUAUCGCUGAGAGUCAUUGGAAACAGAAGACAGACAUGGUUGUUGUAUUCCUGGCGAAAGCUCGUCCAAACGUGAAAUGGUCGCACAUAACAGAAAUUGAGAAGAAAUUUGAGGACCAGCGCAACAGUCGUUUCAAGACUGAUGAUAUGGAUAAGAAGGAUCCUCAAGAGUCCAUUAUGAGCUUAAUGAAAAAUAUGUAUGAGACUGGAGAUGAUGAAAUGAAGAGGAUGAUAUCAAAAGCCUGGUAUGAAGGGCAACAAAAGAAAAAGACGGACACCUUAGAACUGUAGAGCAGUAGCUGUAUUAGAAUGUUGGAAGUCUCCUUUCCGUUAUUUAAGUGUUAUAAGUGUAUGUAAUAAUGAAAUAAAAUCGAUA